GUUUAUACCUAAAUUGUGAUUGUGAUUGUGAUUGUGAUUGUGAAGGAAAGAAAGAAUGUCAGGAGCUCAAGGAGCACAGGCGGAGGGAAAGUUUACACCCACAACAUACGAGUCGGUUCCGGGCGGUGCCAACAAAACAAGGGAGAGCUUAACAUCACCAAAAGAUGCGGGCGGAAUUGAAGUUAAGAAGGCCGAGGAGGGAGAGAAACUCCCUCAACCUCCCACUCAACCCGCUAAGCAACAAGAUAGCGGCAUCACGGGCACUGGUUGAUGCAGUUCGCUAAAUACUGAAAUCUUGUACCUUUUUUUUUUUUUUGGUUCCCAGCCAUUCUGUAAGAUAGAUAUCUAGGCUUUCAUAGAUCAGUUUGUCCUGUACCUGGAUCUGUUUACCAAUUUCAUCUGAAUGUACUACGGUGGUGGAGGUUUAUAGUUAAACAAAUGUAAUUUGUUAACAAACAAGUAAUUUAAAUAAAAGAGCAAUUAUUAUUAUUAA